CAACAAAAUCAACCCAGACCUUACAAGUUACAACCACGUUCUUCUCUCGUUUACUUCUCUUCCGUUGACCUCAUUGACAAACACAAUGUCCACCGUCACAGAAGCGCUGCCGGAGAUCCUAAUCCCGUCGCUUCCAAACGACGUCGCUUUGCAAUGCCUGGCUCGCGUCCCAAGACGGUAUCACCGUGUUCUCGCGGCGGUGUCGAAGCCCAUCAGAUCCGUCCUCUCCUCCCCCCACUUCUUCGCCGUCCGAUCAUCCCUAAACUGCACCGAACUCCUGCCUUAUCUCAGAAUCCGAAGCCGAUACUGCCACACCGUGGGUUGGUUCACGGUCUUUGGAAGAAGACCCGACGACGGCAAGAACGAUAUCAUCGUCGCCCCGGUCCCAGGAGAUCCCAACGACCGGCUAGAUUGGUCCAAUUACGCCGCCGUGGGCCCCAAGAUUUACGUCGUGGGCGGCAUAUCAGGCGACUGCUAUUCAACCGAGUUGUGGAUUUUCGACUGCCGCUUCCACACGUGGGAGCGCGGUCCAAGCAUGCCAACGGUCCAAAGGUGCGCCGCAAAGACCGUAGUUUUGGACGGCAAGAUUUACGCGAUCGGAUGUUGGACGGAGGAGAACUCAUGGGUCAACGUGUUCGACACGGUGGAUGGGCGGUGGGAGGCCCUUCCAAGCCCCAAGCUUAGGGUGUACGGAAAAGAGGUUGAUGGUUGCGCCAUUAGGGGUGGUAAGGUUUGCGUCUGGUCGGAGUUUGAAGAGCUGAAGUUCGACCCCGCGACGAAGACGUGGGAGGUGUUUCGGAGUGGUGUUGGAUCGGGAUUGCGUUGGACUACGCAGAUUUGCGAGGUGAAUGGGAUGUUGUAUUGCACUGAAAACUAUAAGGGGAUGAUUAAAGGCUUCGAUGAGAGAAAUGGGGUGUGGAAAGAGGUCAAGAUUGUGGACAAUACUGGGUUGUUGCCGAAUCACUUGUGGAAGCCUUGGAUGGUCAAUGUGGGAGGGAGGUUGGUAAUUAUGGGGUGGAAAGAAUUACAGGAUCAAAUUGUGAAUCCAGAAUUGGAUGAUAAGGUGGGAGUAUGGUGUGCGGAAAUUGAAGUGGAGAAGGACGGGGACGGCGAUUUCCGCGGAGAAGUUCAGUGGUCGGAGAUGGUUUCUUCGAUGCGCACGUGGUUGGCUGAUAGAGCGCCCUUGUUCUAUGCUUGUGUUCCAGUUUCUUAUUGAGGACAAGUCACCAAUUGUGUAUGUUAUAAUUUCUUCAGAGUUGGAUUUUUUUUUUUUUUUUGUUCCGUUGGAUAAUCUUGCUUUCUUUUGUCUAUUCAAUAGUUUUCCUAAAGUUGGUUUGUGAUGUUUUUGUAUAAUUGUGAAUGUUGUAAAAGAAAUAAGGUUUUUUUCUUUUUUUGUGGCUGUAAAGUGUUUUAUCGGCAUUCUUCCUGGCUCUAAGGAGGAUUUGGAAUAGUAAUAAAGAAUUAAAGACUCUGUUGAGGAGGCCUUAAGAAGUGGCUCACUCACCAGUUACCA